CUUUGUCUAGUGUUGUUGUUGUUGUCUUUCGUACACAGGGAGGAGACAAUGCCGUACUAAUAACCAAACGUAAAGGUUUCUUAUUUCCUGUGAUGUAAACUUCAAAUUUUUCCGCGCAAAUAUGGGCCGUCCAAUCCAGUGGCGCACGGUUCUGUUUAUUCCUUGCAGGCCUUCACUGUGGCAGGGUUUAGUUCUUCCUGGGGAGAUGGCGCUUUGGCUCUUGGUCGCCAUCCUCGUGCUGGUGAGUGCUUAUCAGCAUACCCAAGUGCUACCACGGCGAUCGGAAGCGACGCCAUUGCUCCCGCCCCAGGCCAAGGACGAUGCCGAUGCCAUUAUCGAUGCGGCAUUCUCUUCCGAUAUUGUUUACGAGAGGAUUGCGUGCAUGACUGAUACGUUUGGACCUCGCUUCAGUGGCUCCGAUGCUCUCGAGAACGCUCUAGAUUGGACAAGAGAAGAGAUGGAGAAGGAUGGAUUAUCUGUCGUUGAAGAGUACGUAAUGGUUCCUUCCUGGGUACGUGGCCGGGAGUUUGCUAGGCUUUUAUCUCCCAGAGUGAAGGAGCUUCAUAUGGUCGGUCUAGGCAUGAGCGUUGGCACGCCGGGAAAGAAGUCAUUGGUUGCAAAGGCCAUUGUCGUUUCGUCCUUCCAAGAACUUGAUCAAAGAGCCAGUGACGUGCAAGGAAAGAUCGUCGUCUACAAUGUAAACUUUGAUCAAGGCUACUCAAACACUGUCAAGUACAGGACACUAGGAGCGACACGGGCCGAAAAGUAUGGUGCUGUUGCCGCUCUCGUUCACUCAAUGACACCGUAUGGUUUACAGACUCCUCACACCGGUGCCACUAGAACUACUGGAAUACCAUCUGCUGCGAUAUCCGUGGAAGACUCUAGAAUGCUAGCAAGAAUGCAAGCUCGAGGCCAAGAGAUUGUCAUCGAGCUUUACAUGGAGGCUCAUAUGUUACCUGACAAGCCUUCGCGAAACUUGAUCGUGGAGAUCAAAGGUGCAGAAAAACCGGACGAGGUGGUCGUCUUUGGAGGCCAUAUGGACAGUUGGGACAUUGCAGAUGGUGCAAUGGAUGAUGCUGGGGGAGCAUUUGUUUCUUGGGAGGUGGUGCGACUUAUUCACCAGCUAAAGCUAAGGCCACACCGUACGCUUCGAGCAGUGCUGUUUGUGAAUGAAGAAAAUGGUGCAAAAGGUGCUGAGCAAUACUACCUUAACCACAAGCAUGAGUCGAAGUUGACGAGUAUAGCCAUUGAGUCUGACGAAGGAACUUUCACUCCAUUGGGAAUUUCUUUUCAAGGCUCCACAGCUGCACGGUCCAUUCUGGAACAGAUCGGAAAAGCUUUUCUGGCGGGGAUUGGAUCCGGAAAUGUCAGUGGACAGAGCAUAGGGACGGACAUUUCACCCAUGUGUGAUGCUGGAGUUCCUUGUGGAAGCCUAGUGACUCUGGACCCACGGGUUGGGAGCUUAUCAAACAAUCCGUGCAAAACCUUCAGCAAUCCUCCAUAUCCAGACGUCAACUUUGGAACUAGUGGAUACUUUUGGUAUCACCAUACCCAAUCUGACACAGUUGACAAGCUUUCACCGAGGCAACUCCAACACUGUGCUGCUACACUUGCUGUUUGGACAUAUUCAAUAGCAAAUCUGGAUUUCUUGCUCCCCAGAUCGUGAAUCCAGAUCCAUAGCCGCUUGUCAGCAUGUGCGUUAUUGUGAAUGAUAAAUUGAGGAGAACACCAUUUGUACGAGAAAGGAAUGUAUAUCCGAUUUCCCGACAUUCUAUGCGUUU